AUGGGUCUCAUGAAGGAAAGGUAUAGGGCACAUAUAGUAGGGCUGCAGAGGCAGCAUACAGAUUUCCCGAAGCUGUUCAGAGGCACUCCUUCCCCCGGCCUUCGACGAGGCCUGAAGAACAAGCACGCGCGAACGGGAUUUUUCCACCUGGGUCGGAAGGCAACCGCCGAAGGCGGUGGUCUGCCGCGGCCCUUCCCUUCUCCAGCCCACCCCAGUCUAAGAGGCCAGCCCUCCCACGGAGGCCCGUGUGCUGUGGGGAGGGAGCGCCGCUGGGGCGCGUGCCCUGGGGAACGGCUUUCCCGGCUGCCGCAGAGAGAGGGGGGGAAGUCGGGAGGCUGCAGCAACAGCAGCGGCGGCGGCGGCGGCUGCCUUUCUCCCUGCUGCAGGAGCAGCGCUGCAGAGCCCGAGCCGUUGCGCACCGGGGAGGAGCCCCGGGCACUGCGCCGUCCACUUUGCGGCGGUCUGGCCGAGGAGUUUGGGCGCUUUCCCACUUCAUCCCUGCCAAUGGAGCCGGCGGCUGCCGCUGCCGCCACCGCCGGUCUUUUCUUGGCCGGGAGCGAGCAGCAGUUCUACGCGGAGCUCUUCGCGCUCUGCUGUGGUGGCAGCUGCCAAACGGUGCCCGAGGCAGGGACAGGAGCGGCCCCAGCCGCGGGGGGGAGCAAAGUGGCCGAGCUCUUCCGGGCCUCGCAGUUGCCUCCGGAGACGCUGCACCAGGUAUUGAAGGGUGGAGGCAGUGGACCACAAGUCUGCAAGCCUGCUAAGAAACAGGUUGACUUUGAAGAUGCUUCGCCAUUCUCUCAGCAGUACUUGUUCCAAGUUCAGCACGGCUGUUUCUCCUCAGUCAUAUACUUCUACUGCCGCUUCUCAAACAAUUGUUGCUUUCUUCAAGCACGAAUGGGUUUUUGAAUGAGAGAGCUAGUUGUCGAGAGGCCACCUCUUAGCAGUUAGCUCCCAUGGAGGAAGCAUCUACCACCAACAAAAAUAUUACCAAGUAUGUUAGAAGGGCAAAGAACAUUGGCAGAAAUAUAAAUACGGACAAAUGGGAAAUUAUUUGGAAAAGGGCAUAUACUCAUUUAACAAAUACUGAAGUGAAGGAAAAUAUAUACAAAAUGAUCCCCAGGUGGUACAUUAUACCAUACAUAUUGUCCAAGAUGGAUCAUAAAUAGAUCAAAAUUCUGCACUCUCUUCUGGAAGUGCAGAAAAAAAAGUUGGAUCCUUUUUUCAUGCUUGGUGGUCCUGCAAAUUUUUUAAAAAAAAUUCUGAAAGGUGAUACAUAGCUAGAUUAAAGAAAUCUUCACUGAUAUUUAUUAUUACGGCCUUUUGGCCAGCCAAUAGUUUAAAAUCAGAGUACAUGUGAAUACAUAGAACUCCACUUAUACAAAAAUAUAAUAUAAAUUAAAAUCCAUUAUAAAAUCUAUUAAUAAAUAACAUUAGCUUCAGGCAUCUUACAUUAAAGAAAACUUGGGGGUUGAAUUUAAUUUUUCGCCAGAAAUUUACUUGUUAGGAUUUUAUGAAGAUAAGAAAUUACAUCCAUAUAGCAGAUUAAUAACAACAUCGCACAUCUGCAGCAAGAAUAAUUACAGCUAGAAAAUGGAAAUCUGGAGAAACUCCACACUUAUGUGACUAGUGGGAAAAGAUAUUUACAUGUAUGGGUUUAGACUUACUGUCAUUAUCAUUGUAGACCGAGAUACCAGAGAAGAAAGAAGAAUCAUGGAGACCAUUAGAAAUGUUUUUCUAUAUCAAAUUCAAUAUCUUCCAAUAGAGAGUCAUAUCUAUGUGUACAAAUCCCACGGUUAGUGGGCAGGUUUAAUUAUUUAAGUUUUAAUUAAUUGAGAGUCCUUCUGUUAAUAGUACUGUUUUAUUUUGUGUCUAUCAUUAAAACUAGGAACGUGAAGUCAAACUAGUAAAAUUAAAAUUGUUACUAAAAUAGGAUAUUCCCAAUCGGGAAUUUAAAAAAAAUUGUCAUGAAUGAUAUCUGAUUUUUUUGCCUUUAUGUGCAUAUU